AUGCAUCACACAAUUUCGAAAUCAGUUAUGGAGUUCGUUAACCAAAACAAUCAGAUAAACGUUGAUGAAGAGUAUACUCUUCUAAGUACUGGUUGCAGAUUUACCGAUGAAACUGCUCACACACAUCCCAAUUUUGCGGGAUUGUCACUAAGCAUACCACAUUGGGAAAAGAUUCGGCUAUUAAGCAGAAUUAAUAACCUGAUUUCUAAGUGGAUCCCUCAUUUUUCCAAUUUGGGUGAUAUUAAAUUUGUACAAACACCAAGGGAAGAUGACGGAAUCAUUCGUUUGAACAAAUCUGAGCAUUGCAUACUUUUCAAAUUUUUUUUCGACGCAAUAGCACACAGUAGUUCAUACCAAGAUAGUGUUAAAAGUUUGUAUUAUUUGUAUGAGGUCACUGAAAAGCCAAAUGAAGGGGGGAUAUUUGCGAUGUGCAAAAACCCUCCAAAUGAUAUCAUUACUAAUGGGAAAGCUAGUUUCAAAUGUGGCUAUUUACUUUAUGUCCCAGGGAUUGUGAUGGGUUUAACUGUUGAUAUAAUUAAUGAAUUUGUAUCAUUCCCCAAUGCUGAAUUUGUUACUGAUGCCAAUGGAUCAUUCGAACUUGAUAAUAAUGAUAUGGUAGAUUUUCUAGAAAAUAUUAGAAAUGGACUGAUUAUCGAAGAAAAUACAUGCCCACACAUAACAUUAGGUACUAGCAAAGACUUCAAACCUGUUAUUACCGGACAAAUUCUUAAUUCCAUUUACCAAUUUUUGAAUGUAAUCAAAGAUAAGACAGGGGAAGAAUAUAAGGUAUACUCUGCUGAUGAAAAUGACAACGUAUCCCCUGUUUUACCUAGCUAUCUAUAUGAUGUUUUGAGGAUACAAAAGUCUGAGCCGGCAGUUGACCCUGAAAAUUUGUCGAAACUUGUUUUUGCUACUGCGAAUAAAAUUUACGGAAAAAAUCUACAGAAUUUGAAUUUCACUUACAACAACCCUAAUGAUAAGUCAAAGGAGCAGAUAGACUUUUCCAAUACUAAAGUCAUUAUUUCCAAAGACAUUUCCCUUAUCUAUUUCAAAGACUUUCCCGUGACUGAUGAAUUUACUAUAGAUGUUUAUUUAAUGCCAGUAGGUGGAGAUAUAAGGUCUGGGCAUAUUAAAAUCUUCCAAUAA